CUGCCCUCAGUCUGCGUUCCGCACUCGCGCCGCGUGUACACUUUGUCGCUCCGCCGUACAUCGCUCCGUCUCUUGGCUCGUCGUAUUCGCGCAUCGUACGUAUAAGUACAAGUAGACACUCGCUGCCGAUCGGGGGUAGACGCAUACCUAACCAUAUUUAUACACGUAGCAAUCGUACGGCUGAGCUAAGUGAUCGAAUCACCCGUCGAGGCUUGUGUGAUUUUCACGGGCAAGUGGUGAGACACGUUUAUACUUACCCGCAGAGGAUUCGGCUGAGUGUAUUGUUGUUGUUGCGGCGCCGAUCGCCCGGAGGAGAGCCGCCGCUUGGUGUCCGUCCGUCUGCUCUGCAGCUCUCAGAAGGGACACGGGAGAGGUUCGAGCGGCACACACAAAGCGUCCGGUCGCUGCAUCCUGGAACGUCAAGGUGAGCUACGAAAAUUACCGGCUGCUCCACGUCUUCUUGCGUGCGUAUCGGAAAGUCCGCCAGUGGCAGUAGGCGAAGCCAGACCUUUGUCUCCCCCCUUCUUUGUCUGCUUUCUCUCACCGAGCGUGAGUGAGUCGCUUGCUGCUCUCGAUCGUCGACGCUCAAUCAGAGGCACCGAUGCAGUGAGUUCGUUGUUCAUGUGUACCUGCGAAUUCAAAUCAGUUAGCGCUGCAAUGAAGAUGAGCAAAGUGGGAAAUCAAACAAACUCCCAGGAUCCGCAGGCCGUGAAUUCGCGUGUUUUCGUUGGGAACCUCAACACUUUCCAAUGCAGCAAAACUGACGUUGAACGCAUGUUUCAGCGCUAUGGCCGUUUGGCAGGUAUAUCGAUGCACAAGGGCUACGCGUUUGUGCAGUUUACCAAUCCCUUCGACGCGCGCAGUGCCUGCCUGGGAGAAGAUGGUCGGACCGUCCUCAGUCAAAUUCUCGACGUCAACAUGGUCGCUGAGCCGAAGCCCCACCAGACGGGCCGCAAACGACAGAACAUGGCCAAGACGGGAAACGACUGGGAUUACUACUACGACAGCUACUGCGCGUCAACGGCCUUCCCUCCACGCCUGGCGCCUCCGCUCAAGAGACCGCGUCUCAUGCCGCCCGCGCGAUCUCAGCAGCAGCAGCAGCAGCAGCAACAGCAGCAGCCACAACAACAGCAGCAGCAGCAGCAGCAGCUGCCGAAACAACAGAAAGUGACGAGUAACGCCAUGCAGGACCUCAGCCAAUUAAAAGUUUACAGCAACCCCGACAUACUAAUUUGCGGCAACUGCCGAGAAAUGUUCACGGAACUCGGGGAGCUGCUCGAGCACAAGCGGGAUUACUGCAAGCUGCGGUUCACCUGCAAAUGCCACACGUUCAACGGCGCCACUCCGACAGGAAACUCCGCGGCAUCGCUGCUCUGCGUGCUCUGCAAGGACUCGUUUCCCUCCGCCUGGGAGCUGAUGGUCCACGCCCAGGCGGCCCACAUGAUCAACAUCUACGAGCUGGGCACGAAGGCGGAGGCCAAGUACUCGCGGAGUCCCCGGGAGAACAACAAGGAGUCCUCCCAGUCGCCGACGCCGCAGGAUCAGCAGGAGGGCAAGGGAGGCUCGGAGGCCUCGGAGCGCGCGGAGGAGGAGGAGCUCGACGGACACGUGCUGCUGCCGUCGCCGGACAGCGGCAAGUCGACCGACAACGAGAACGCCCUCUCACCCAUCAAGAUCCGCUCGGAGGUGAACGGCUCGGACCACGAGGACUGCGACGAGCUGAUGGUCGUGGAGAACAGGAGCAGCUCCGGCCAGGCCUGCUUCACCCGCCGUCCCAUCGCCAUCGAAUCGACUCUGGAGCUGAACGCCAGCACGAACAACUCGCUGAGCAGCGGAGCCGAGUCGGCCGUGCAGCUCACGCCGCUGACCAACGGCUCGAUCUCCGCCAAGGAGUAAGCUGCGACGGCCGCGGCUCGGAACAAUGAGACAUAUCGACCUGUGCGACAUGGGUAAACCCAGAAUCUGUACAUAGCUUCUCGCAGAGGAUAAACAAGAGGAUAAACGAGCGGCAGCUCUCUGCCAGUCUAUAUAGCUGCGGCGCGUUUGGACCCGUGCAAAAUUCUCUACAAGUAUUAUGUGCCGGCGGAAAUUCGACUUGUUACGCUGUUAUUCGAUUGUAAUUGUUACCUUUUUAUUGGCGUCGAUCGGCAACCGAUGUUUACUCCGACGGUCUAUCGAGUUUUACUUUGCUUAGGUUAUUCGUUAUUCUUGCAUUGUUCGUUGCGAGAAUAAGCGGAUAGGAAACCGAAUUCUCACUAAAUUAUACGCGUCUGCGAUCGAGCAACUAGCUUUGCACGGGCCUAACGCCCGAUAGUAAGGUAAAAGGUAAAAAUAUUAUAUUUAAACGGGGGUAGGAGAGAGUUUCUGUCGGAACGUCUAAUUCUUUGUCGCACAUUUCGCGUACGGCGAUGAUCCAUAUCAAGCAGAUCGAGAUGGACUAGACUGCACUUAUUUGAUCUCCUACCGAUGGGCGUCGAGAAGACGCGCGCAACUGAUAUUAUACCAAAGAUCUUUAAUCUAGUCCGACUGAAUACGACUCUUCGGGAGAAUAGGGAAAAUUGUGUCGACGAUGCGUUUGUAAAUAUUGAUAUUAAAAAGUAAUAAUAAAAUAAAGUAAAAAGAUGGAACAGAGAAAAAUAUUCUUACCUAAGAAUCGACCCUCCAAACAUGUGAUCGAGAUUCGAGUCGUUAUCGUAAAUGACUAUAGGCUUAUUAUACAUUGAAAUGCCGGGCGGCGUAUAUCGGAUCGCUUGGGUGUGCGGAGUCGAAGCUGAGCAUCAGGCGACAUUCUCAAACCUAUAUCUAUCUCGCUCACUCUCCUUCUCUCACUCUAUCUUUCUUUUCGAAAAUGGGAUCGCGACAAAUCAAAACGUCCCGAUAAUCGCCGUGUAAAUUAUACGAUACGAACUUUCCAGUUAUAUAUAUAGUUAACACCUCACGAACGCAUUGAUUCAUUUGAAAGGAACGAAUUAUGUAUAACAAUCCGAUAUUAUAUCAAAGAAGAAGGAAAAAACAGCUUUUGUAUGUAAUACAGAACGAAAUCGAACAAAAACAAACAAACAAGAAUCAACAAUGUAUAUACACGUCGACUCGAAAAAAGCUUAAGUAUUUUAAAAACUGCCGACGAUGAACCUGCGUUUUAAGGAAAAUCGUAACACAGUAAUUAUUGCGCUUUAUCCGAGGCACAGUGCGCGCGUACUCAGCGAUCGGCAUUGUAUUUUUCAAACGCGAAUGAAUGGGUAACGACUUGAAAAGAGGGACCUCGAGCUGCGAGACGGUGCACAGUUGGAAAUGAUUACUAUUGUUGUGAUUUUUCUUGUUUAGACAUUAUUAUUUAGAGAUUCUACGAGAAACGCGUGAUUUCGAAUACUCCCUUUUGAUCGUGUAUAGCGUAUGUACUUAUGUUUCAACAGAACUUUAUGCGUUGAGUAAACGAGUUCACACUAUACUUGUUUGUCAUUUUUAAUCAGUUAACUAAGAACGCUCAUUACUAUUAUCAUUAUUAUUAUUGUAACUAUGAGAACAUUAUUAUUACUGUAUACCUUUAAACUAGUAAAUUAAUUGUUGCAUAAAUAAAAAAAGGAACAAAAAUAUGUGUUAAUAAA